AUGCUCCUCAAGUUGGAUGAUGCACCCGACUCACAGAUACCACAGCUGCCUCAACAAUACAUCAGUCUAUCCGAAGCUGAUCACGCUAUUCAACAAGCCAUUGUCGCUCAACUGGACAAUGCCCCGCUUCGUCUAAUCAACACGUCUACUGGACGGUUAUGCGACAGAGGCGCACAGAUCAACGCCUUCAUGAGAAGCAUGGAGUACAAGGAGUUGUCAUCAUCAAUGACGCAUCUAUCCGUCCAAACGGAGCCUAUCAGAGAAGUGAUCACAAAGUACUUCAGCUGGGUCAUGUUAUCACAUACAUGGAACAACGAAGAGCCGCUGCUGCGCGACGUCCAGGACAACGACGUGUACACGUUGAAUCCAAUUGGUGUGGUGAAAUUGCAGAAGUUCUGCAAACUUGCUCACGAUCUGGGGUACCGCUGGGCAUGGGUCGACACAUGCUGCAUCGACCAAAGCAACAAUGUUGAGCUCCAACAAUCAGUCAACUCCAUGUUCGUUUGGUAUCGUCGCUCUGCACUCACAGUCGUCUAUCUAUCGGAUGUUCUGUCUUCGUCACAGCCUGGCGCGCUCGCACGCAGCCUUUGGAACGUGCGAGGAUGGACUAUUCAGGAGCUCCUCGCUCCUAAGAUUCUUCUAUUUUACCAAGCAGACUGGACCCCAUAUCUCAACAUCCGAUCAUCUAAUCACAAGGGCUCUGUUACUAUCAUGCAGGAGUUGGAAGAUUCAACUGGCAUAAAUGCACAGGCACUCGUCGCCUUCUACCCGGGGAUGAGAGAUGCCCGCGAGAAACUCCAAUGGGCGUCGUGCCGUGUCACCACGUUGCAGGAAGACAUCGCAUACUCAUUGUUUGGCAUCUUUGGCGUCCACCUCCCAGUAAUCUAUGGUGAGAAGAAACAAAAUGCGCUGGGACGACUCUUGCAGGAGAUCAUAGCUCGGUCAGGCGACAUUUCUGCUCUUGACUGGAUUGGACAAUCAUCCGAGUUCAAUAGCUGUCUCCCGGCUGACAUUACAUCGUACACAGCUCCGUCAUGCACCCUACCAUCUCUAUCUGAAGACGAUAUCCAAAAAUCGGUCUCCACGCUACGAGAUGUCGUAGCUAUGGAGUGGGUUUCGAAACUGUAUACCCUCCUUGAUAACCUCAGCGCUCCUCGUUUCGCAAACUCCAGACUGCAAUUGCCAUGCAUCACGUUUCCCGUCACAGAGAUCAGACGGAAUAAUGAUGCCGGAUUUUUCACUUAUAAUGUCAAGGCAGACGGUCUUCAAGACUUGCUGAUCACCACAGAGGACAGACUGGUUCAGUUCUCACCCACAAGGCGUACUAGACAGUCGUUCUUACUCAUCCGUCCAUGGAAUCGUUAUGAUCUCGAGCUGCCUGACUUUGAUGAUCUCAACUUUGAUGAUCUCGAGGCAUUAGGGUCCGAGUCUGGGUCUUCAUCAGAACCUGAUAUGCGAGACCUGAGGUUGAUCGUUCGCCUUGGGCAGCCUUUUGGUGCACUUCUCCUGGUGCAGCAGUGGGGGGGAGAAUUCAAGAGAAUCGCAUCGGAUAACAAUAUCAUCGCACAAGUGAAGGAUGCCACUUCUGUUGAUAGUAUGAUGGACGUCAGAACACUAGAGAUAUUGUAG